AUCCUGGACACGACGGUACAAAAAUCUGAUCCCACCCAGAAUUAGAGAGGCGAACCUUCUCAUUUCAAUAUUCAAAUUUCAACGCCUUCACUCGGAACGGAGACCCUUUCUCCCACCUAUCUAGCUCGAUUGUUUCCUCUUUCUCCUUAAAACCCUCUUCCUCUAUCUAUCUCGCUCUCUCCAUCUCUAACUGGCCUCCUCAAAAAACUGCUUACCCUCUUAGAUUUGUACCACUCUCUUCUUCAAGUUUUGCAUAUUUUCCCAGAUUUAUUUUUUGUCUUUACCAGCGAAGAAGAUGAACGACCUCUUCUCCAGCUCCUUCUCUCGCUUCCGAAGUGAUGACCGCUCGCCUGACCACCAUGUCAUCGAGAUGGCCUCGUCGGGUUCCACCGGCGUCAACCUUGACAAGUUCUUCGAGGACGUCGAGUCCGUCAAGGACGAACUCAAGGAACUCGAACGCCUCAACCAGGCCCUCCGCAGCGCCCACGAGCAGAGCCAGACCCUCCACAACGCCAAGGCCGUCAAGGACCUCCGAUCCCGCAUGGACGCCGACGUCUCUCUCGCCCUCAAGAAGGCCAAGCUCAUCAAGGUCAAGCUCGAGGCCCUUGACCGCUCCAACGCCGCCAACCGCAGCCUCCCCGGCUGCGGACCCGGUUCCUCGUCCGACCGUACUAGGACCUCCGUGGUGAACGGUCUCAGGAAGAAGCUCAAAGACUCCAUGGAGAGCUUCAACACUUUGAGGCAGCAGAUCUCCUCCGAGUACAGGGAGACCGUACAACGGAGGUACUUCACCGUUACCGGUGAAAAUCCCGAUGACAAAACCGUUGACCUUCUCAUCUCCACAGGUGAGAGUGAGACAUUCUUGCAAAAAGCGAUUCAAGAGCAAGGAAGGGGAAGAGUUAUGGACACUAUACAUGAAAUUCAAGAGAGGCACGAUGCGGUCAAGGAGAUGGAGAAGAACCUGAGAGAGCUCCACCAGGUGUUCUUGGACAUGGCGGUGUUAGUCCAGGCACAGGGCGAGCAAUUGGACAAUAUCGAGAGCCAUGUCACCAGAGCCAACUCGUACGUUAGGGGCGGAACACAGCAGUUGCAUACAGCUAGAGUGUACCAGAAAAACACCCGUAAAUGGGCCUGUUUUGCUAUCACAUUACUGCUGCUUAUUAUUUUCUUUGUGGUGCUCUUUACGGUCAAGCCAUGGGAAAACAAUAACAACGGCGGUGACGGUGGCAGCAACAGCAGCCCCAGCCCUCCUACUUCUACUAGCCCCAGCCCUCCUGUGUAGGAAGGGUCGCCGACUCUGUAUACAUGGGUCUGUCCUGUGCUGCAAUGCAUUAUAGUUCAUCUUUGUAUUAAAGUUUGAGAACUUGACCUAUAUAUAUUUUUUUGUAUUAAUUGAUUUCAUUUUUUUAUAUAAAUUUUGUGGGAUUGAGAUAAAGAUAGACUUGGUUGAUUAGAUGAUUUAGAGGCAUAGAUAGGGUGGAGCUACCUACAUACAGGAGCAUUAUACGAUAUACAUUGCCAUUUUAUGAUGGACAUGAGGCAGAAUCAAUGUUGUUCGUGGCAGGCAACAGAAUUUGAGGCAGACUCCCCCCCCUUCUCUCGAUUUAAAGAUUCAUUUUCGUGUAAUUAGUCUUCUAUUUUUCUUGGUGGAUUGGCAUUUAGUUGUAUCUUGUUGUUUGGUAACCGUGUUUUUUUUUUUGGGAUCCUCUCCUCUAUACAUAUAUGAAUAACAAUUUCCCUUUUUUUUC